GCUGGGGGAGGAGUUGCCGUCGGAUUGCUUGGAAAUGUGAUGUUUUGAAGACAAUCCACUUUUCAUCUCUCCUUAGCCCCGUAAUUGACUGAAAGGUGCCAUACAUUCUCGGACACGCCAAGAAUCCGUUCAAUCUGGCUUCUGCUUCGAGUCGUCUGGGUGCACUAUGAAACUUCGAGGCCUGCUUAGGUUAGCCUAGCCUAGCCUAGUUAGCUGUUAGCAAAGAGGACAAACCCCGUUCCUGGGAUCAACACGUCGCCGAGCAAACAAACAUCAAGUCCCAAAAUGUCUGAUCUAUAUGUCAGCCAAGCCCAUCAUCCUGAACACCAGGUGUCUGCAUGCAUCAAAGAGGAGGAAGAGGAAGAGUCACCAUACAUUAAGCAAGAGGAGGACUACGUACCCAUUCAAGGUCAUCCCAAGUGGUGCUUUUUUCCCCUCUUCAAAUGAGGCAAAGAUCAAAUAUGGUUUCAGCAAAUAUCUUGGUCCUGACGCUCAACAGCUAAAGAGAAAAGUACAACUUCCAAUCAAAAAGGAGGAGGAGGUAGAGCUGCCAUACUUUAAAGAGGAGGACAAUAUUACCAUGUUGACUUGUGAGCCGUUGAAUAGCGAUGGUCUGAGUGAGGCCAGCAGAGGGACGGUGCCUCCAAGCAGCACCUCAACAGAAGAAUCGCAAGCACACAUUUUCAUCGCACCAUCAGAUAGAAAUGGAGCCACAUCACACUCACCUUACAAAGAUGAUGGUCAGAAGAAAUCUCACCGUGACGACGAACUCUGCAAAUGCUCUCAGUGUGGGAAAACCUUUGCUAAUAACUAUACUUGUCAUAUGAAUAUGAGGAGCCACACUGGUGAAAAUCCUCUUGUCUGCUCAGUUUGUAGUCAAAAAAUCACACAGAAGACUAACUUAGACGGACACCCAAGAACCCACACUGGUGAAAAACCUUUUUCCUGCUCAGUUUGUGGAAAAAGAUUUACUCAGAAGAGCGCCUUAAACACACAUACAAGAACCCACACUGGUGAAAAACCGUUUUCCUGCUCAGUUUGUGGUAAAAGAUUCGCUCAGAACAAAGACUUGAAAGUACACAUAAGAACCCACACUUGCGAAACAACUUUUUGCUGCUCAGUUUGUGGAAAAAUAUUCACGCAUAAGAGCAGCUUCAACAGACACGCAAGAACCCACACUGGUGAAAGACCUUUUUCCUGCUCAGUUUGUGGUAAAAGAUUUGCUCAGAACAAAGACUUGAAAGUACACAUAAGAACCCACACUUGUGAAAAACCUUUUUGCUGCUCAGUUUGUGGCCAACGAUUCAGUCAAAUGAGCAGCUUUAUUAGACACGCAAGAACCCACACUGGUGAAAGACCUUUUUCCUGCUCAGUUUGUGGUCAAAGAUUCCUUUGCAAGAGCAACCUAAACACACACACAAGAACCCACACUGGUGAAAAACCUUUUUCCUGCUCAGUUUGUGGUCGAGGAUUCACUCAAAUUCAACAUUUAAACAGACACACAAGAACCCACACUGGUGAAAAACCCUUUUCUUGCUCAGUUUGUGGUCAAGUAUUUAGUCAGACGAGUGCCUUAAAAGCACACACAAGAACCCACACUGGUGAAAAACCUUUUUCCUGCUCAGUUUGUGGUCAAGGAUUUAGUCGGACGAGUGCCUUAAAAGCACACACAAGAACCCACACUGGUGAAAAACCAUUUUCCUGCUCAGUUUGUGGAAAAAUAUUCGCGCACAAGAGCACUUUAAACAGACACACAAGAACCCACACUGGCGAAAAACCUUUUUCCUGCUCAGUUUGUGGUCACAGAUUUAGUCAUCAGAGUGCCUUAAAAGUACACACAAGAACCCACACUGGUGAAAAACCUUUUUCCUGCUCAGUUUGUGGUCAAAAAUUCGCCCACAAGGAUCGGAUUAGGAGACACGUGUGUAUUGGUGUAAAAAGCAGUGGCCAAUGACUGUUUUGCCUUCAUCAGAUUGUGCACUCAGGUCAAUUUUAGUGUGUAGAGUUUCCUCAAAUCCUGUUGAGGAUUGGCAGUAUUGGUGCAUUACAUGUACUUUGUCCAAUCCUUGUAUGAUGUGGAUCCACACUAUUGCCAAAAGUAUUGGCUCACCUGAUAUAAUUCAAAUUAAGUGGCAUUAUUUAUAAAAUACCCUCCCUCUUUCAAAUUACACUUUUCACAGUCAAUAUUUGAAACAGUAGACCCCAAAUUACAAAAAUUCUAAAUCAUUCAGAUAUGAGUGUAUUUAAAACAUUUGUGAGAUAGACAAUUUAUCUCCAUAUAUUAUCUGCAUCUGUGAGUAUUGGCAAGUGUUCGGUGUUUUGUCUUGUGAGCUCGACUUUGCAUGCUGUGACGGAAUGACCCUCCUCAAGGAGUUGGUAAAAUCAGUGUAUUGAACCUGUAUACUUUACAUGAAAAUGUUUGAUAUAUUUACAUUGUUUUUUUGUCACAUAUUUUUCAUCAUCUGUAUUUAGUGUGCACUGAAGAGAUAAACCUAUGAAGCCCUUAGUUUGGGGCAUGAUGAAGGUUCAAAGCGAAAUGAGAAACUUGCCUACUGUAAUGACCCUAGUAAAGAAUAAAACAGCUGAUGGUGCAAAAUAGACAACAUGAGCAUAAUCGAAACAUGUCAGAUCCGGUAUGCUACAGCAAGAGUUCAUUUUACUAUUAGACAUUUUCAUGUGAACAUUGUAACAAUGUUGGAAUUACAUUUUAAAAUUUAUUGGUAAAGCAUGUAAUUGAACGAAUAAUGGGAAUCAAACCCAAACAUAUAAAUAUGCAUACAUAUACUGUAUAAUCCCCAUUGAUUAAUGAUUUUUAUUUCGUUUUUUGAUUGAAAUCAAAUUACAACAUAUUAUUCAAUUAUUUAUUCCCCAGUGCUUGUUGAUGUAUAUGUGUUAUUACAUAGAUACAGUGCCUUGCAAAAGUAUUCGGCCCCCUUGAAUCUUGCAACCUUUCGCCACAUUUCAGGCUUCAAACAAAGAUAUGAAAUUUGUUU